AUGGAAAUGGUCCAAUUGGAUAUAACUUCGGGAAGUGGUGGGAAGGGUUUCUCAUUGGAUGCAUGUCGCUCUACUAGUACUGGUGUGCAUCGUCAGCAUUCUGAUCAUCGUCACAGGAGCAAAGCAGCCGUAACCUGGCCAACAUACGGAUUGUGCCCAUUUCAACCGAUUCCUGGUGAUUUUUCCACACUUUUCGAUACAACGGUGGGCGAGGACUGUAAAGACGGGAACGCUAGCGAGCGUUUCGUACCCUGCCUAUUUUCUGCUGGAUUCUCAUGUGUUAUGGCAUUUUUGAAUUCAUCUGAAAUUGUGGCUGGAUGUAUUCGUGAUAUCGGAUCAAAACUCGUGAAAUUCGAGAGAUCUCCGGAUAAUCCGAGGACUGUCAAAAUAGUAGAUCAAGAGUUUGCGCUUAUAAGGAGGUCAUGCGGUCCGCCUAAAAAUUGUUCUCUUGCGGAGGUAUCCAUAUUUAAUCGAUCAAUGAUCCUGAACGUUUGCUGUUGUAAAGGCGAACAUUGCGUUAAACAAAAAUCAUACGAGAAUAAGCUGAUUUACGAUUUCGAGAUGAAGACGGAGGAGGAGGGGAGCUCUGAGUUUAAAAAGGUUGUGAGAUUUAUUAACUCUGCAAGGGAUGGUGUCGCAUUCCUGGAUGCUAGUCAACCGAAUCCAGUUAGGAAACAUUGA